AUGGGGGUGGAAACCACUAGCCCUGUUCUUAGUAAGCCAGAGAACUGUUGUGGUAUGAAGGAAUAUGAUGUACGCUACCUUGUGCAGGAUAUUGCUGCAGCGAUUGAGUAUCUCCAUGGCAACAGAAUCAUCCACCGUGAUCUGAAACCUGAGAACAUUGUAUUACAUCAAUUUGAUGACAGGAUUGUAUACAAGUUAAUUGAUCUUGGUUAUGCUAAGGAGUUGGACCAGGGCAGUGUGUGUACAUCAUUUGUUGGAACUCUACAGUAUCUGGCUCCAGAGUUGUUUGCCUCUCAGCGAUAUCAGUGUACUGUUGAUUACUGGUCAUUUGGCACCGUCGUCUUCGAGUGUAUUGUAGGAUACAGACCAUUUCUUCCCAAUGUGCCACCAGUUAGAUGGCAUAAGGAAGUCUCGACAAAAUCUCCAGAUGACAUUACUGCUCAGUUUGACAGCAAGGGAGAAGUGAAAUUUUCCAAAAGACUUCUAUCACCAAAUCACCUGUCAAGAACACUGAAAGGUUACUUCGAGCACUGGCUGAGGUUAAUGUUACGCUGGGACCCCAAUCAGAGAGGCGGAGGUAUUGUGCCAGAGACGAACCGCCCAAAAUGUUUUAAUGUCCUCGAACACAUUCUUGCUCUUAAGCUGUCCAACGCCAACAGGUCCUGCUUCCCAAUGUUGGACAGCCAGUAUCCUGUAACCGAGCAACAUACGAUGCUAGACUUGCAGCGGAUCAUCGAACAGGAGACCAGGAUACCGAUCAACGAACAGGACAUCUUGUUGGCAAGCGGAAGCUGUCCAACACCAACAGGUCCUGCUUCCCCUCGUGUUGGACUGAAAUAUCAAUAUCCAAACAUCGAAGAGGAGUGGGUCGUGUUCCUGUUCAGAAAAAUGGAACCUUUUCCAAUUCCUCGGAAACCUAAACAGCUGCCUCCGCUGGUGCAGUUGAUAGUUAAACAGCCCACCACAUUACUACCUGGGAAUGAGCAGCGCAAGGCUUGGGCUCAUGCAGUAUACUUCUGUCAGGAACAGAACACGGAAUACAAGAGGCUCAUAUUGGGCCAAAGAGCUGCCAUGCUGAAUUUGCUACGGACAAAUUCCCAGUUUCUAAAGCUGAAAUCAAAAAUGUCAAGUGACAUUGGUCAACUGCUUGCUCAGAAGGACCAUUUUAAACAGAGUUUGGAUUUUGAUGUCGCGCAGUAUAAAGAGCAGGCACAAUCAGGUGGAAUAUCGUCUGCAAGGAUGUAUGCAAAAUGGAUGAAAACAUAUGAGGACAUUGAGACGUUUACAGAGCUUAAAGAUCGAGUGAACCGACUUGAUCAACAUUGUACGGCACUGCAGACCAAAAUAGUCGAGCUACAGCGCAGUCCGUUUGCGAGGAUGAAGCAAAAUGAUGCUUUGGUAGAGAGUCAAGAAAUGGCAAGGAACUUGUAUCAAGAAUUAAUAACGUCUUCUAGAGGUGGAAUUGUGUGUGUUGCAGAAAACCGAAAUAACUUGCUGGAUCACACCAAGAUGGUACACGAGGUUGUGAAGUGUGCUCUACAGAGAGACAAGUCAGACAAGUCGGUGAUAGUCCUCUACACACAUCUGGGGAAGAUUUCAGCGUGUCGUUACGAACUGCAGAAGAUCAUUCCCGACCUGGAGAAGUGCUGUGAGGAAAUCGAGGCGGCCAGUCGCCAGCUCAUCACUCACCAGCAACACAGACAGCAAGCCAUCUGGAAGAUGCUCAAACUGGCCGUACGUUUAUUAUAAGCAUUAGGGAUGUUCCACUGAUCGAUUACAAUAGAAUAUUGAUCGGUUUGGCUGUACCAAUGUGAUGAUUGAUUAUAAAAAUUCAUAAUCGAUUGCAUGAAAUUUUUUUAAAAGUGAUAGUUCCUCCAGUUUAGAUGAUGGAAUUGGUGUAAACAUGUUUUGGUUGGUGUUUGUUUUCAUGUGUACAUGAAGAAAAUAAAUAUUAAAUAGUUACUAAAGGUACAAUUAGCGGUUUGUAGGUUUCUAGAUCCAGGUGAACAUGACGAUAGAUUCAUGGUCCUUAUACAUGUAAUUAAAAUCCUUCUUAUGUUCUAACUGAUUGUGUAAUUGAAAGUUAAUUAGUUGGAGAAGACUGAUUAUAGCCGAUAAUCAGUGAUAAAGUUCCAACCAAUUCCCAACACUAAUAAUCAUAAUCAUAAAAACUUGUCUCCCAUGGGAAUUUAAAAACGAAAUUGCUGUGGAUGAAAUGGUCCACCGACGGCAGUUCAAAGCCUGCCCAUGGCAAUGUUAGUAAAAAUGAUUUUUGCAGCAAAUAAACACAACUGAAAAGUUAUUUUGCUG